AUGGCCGAAGAGGAUUACGAGAUCGACUUCUACGGUGACACGACCGGCAACGAUCAGGACGAGGUCAAGGAUGAACAGCAAGAGUAUCAGGACGGCGGGAAUGGGGGACAUGCCGACGAGCAGCAGAGUCACAGCAACCGCAAUGACCAGAGACACGAGAACAACGCCAUCAGUAAUGGGCAGAACCACAUCAAAACGGACGGCGACCGACGGGGCUCUGUAGAUCCAGGAGCCACGACGGCACUUAUGCUGUCUGAGCUCAACUGGUGGACCACCGACGACGAUAUCCGAGGGUGGCUGGCCGAAGCUGGCGCGGAGGACGGGAUCAAGGACAUUACGUUUAGCGAACACAAGGUCAAUGGAAAAAGCAAAGGGCAAACGUACCUUGAGUUCUACACACCUCAGGCUGCCACCGCAGCCAAGCAUCUGGUUGAAAAACUCCCCGAGGAUGGAGGCAGCUUUGGCGUGAAGAAGAUCACCGCACAGUACUGGAACACACAAAUGAACCCAUUCCGGACACUCCCCAAGGAUGCGCCAACGCGCGGGAAGGAUCAGUCGCGCUCUACCCCGACGGGAACAUACAAUGACCGGGGCGGCUACGGAGGCGGCGGUUUCCGCGGUCGCGGCGGCUUUGGAGGCCCCCGCGGAAACAUGAACAACCAGGGCUACAGCAACAACAACCGGAACUUUAACAACAUGGGUUACAAUAACAACAUGGGAGGAGGAUUCGGCGGCGGCGGUAACUUUGGCUUCAGCAACCGCGGCAACAUGAUGGGCGGUAACCUGAGGGGAGGCCCCGGUGCUAUGCGUGGCCGCGGCGGUAACAUGAUGGGCAUGGGUAUCAACCCCAUGGGCAUGAACCCCAUGGGCGGUAUGGCUAUGGGUAUGCCCGGUGGUAUGGGUAUGGGCAUGAUGGGUGCCAACGGAAUGCCAGGCUUCCAAGGAAUGCCCAACAACUUCAACCCUGGGGCUUUUGGCUUCAACCAGAACCAGCAGGGAGGUGGCAACAGCGGCGAUUGGGGCAACCCUCAUGGAGCCAAGAGGCCACGGCCAGAAUAG